UGGCGGAAGCGGAGCUGCGCUGAGUUCUCUUGGACUUUAUCUCAUUCUGCACUACCAGAAACCCUUCGACCAAGCCCGUUUCCCCGCUUGCCGUCCCUUCCCAAGGAAAUGGGGAACGAAGUCAGCGCAGAGAAAAAGGGAGGCGCUGUCACCGAGACCGUAGCACCGAGUUCCUUUUCAGUACCACCGAAAGCUGGACAGCUCCCCAUGCCGAGCUAUGGAGCUCCAGCCGGAGGAACGGGUGCAGCACCCGCGCCCGGAGUUAACAGUGUCCAAGUGAAGCCCAACCAGACAGACCCCAGCGUGGGGCCUCCCCAGCAAUCUCCGGGUCCGGGAACUCAGAAGAGUGAGAAUCCCAUGUCGGCUUCACCUGACCAGGGCAAAGCCCCGCCCUCUCCCUACUCCGUGCCCCAGAUUGCCUCGAUGCCCAGCAGCAAACUGUGCCCGGUUUGCAAAACGUCUGACCUGACAGGGACCACAGACAGCAACACCUGCACACAGUGCUGCACCACAGUCUGCAGCCAGUGCGGCUUCAACCCCAACCCCCAUCUCCAGGAGUUGCAGGAAUGGGUGUGUCUCAAUUGCCAGAUGCAGAGAGCUUUGGGGAUGGACAUGGACACUCCAAGGGCCAAGAGCCAACCACAGAGCAGCUCUUCAUCCCCGGCCAGCAAGCCCCAAUCUCAAACGGCACCUCCGAGCCCAUCUGCAGCGUACCCCCCAAGCAAAGCCCCAGGAUCUGCCCCUACUCCAGGCAUGGCCAAAGCCCCCUCCCAGCCGAACCUCUCCCAGCCCCAAAGUCUGCGCCAGGACCGGACCUGGAGUGCUGGGAGCUCGCCGUCUCACCAGCCCCCACCCCUGGAACAGCCGUUUGGGAAGCUGUUUGGUUUCGGAGCAUCCCUGCUGAACCAGGCCUCUAGCCUAUUGGCAGAGCUUGAUAUUGACACCCCAGAGCCCACCUCAGUGCCCACCGCCAAAACUCCCCCGAAGCAGCCAGAAAACAAGCCCAAUGCCUUCUGCCCACUGUGUCGGACUGAGCUGAAUGUUAUGGCGGUCACCGAGCUCCCAAAUUUUAAACACUGUACCCAGUGCUACGCCCAGGUGUGCAAUAAGUGCGGCGUCAACCCCGCACCCCACCUCACUGAGAAGAAUGAAUGGCUCUGCCUGACAUGUCAGACGAGGAGAGCCACGUCAGCGGACAUCGGGAGUAGUCCACCACCCGGUGCCGAUGUAAGUGACCCUCUCCCUUCUACCAAACAGGGGGCACCUCAGUACAAGGGCUGCACUCAAGAAUCUCCUACCAGGACAGCCCCUACCCAGCUUGUGAGCAAGGCUGCAAUUCAAAAACAAGAGCAAGGCAUUAGCAAGAGACAAACAAUGUCCAAACCUGAGAAGGAAGGGAAUAUGAAAGCACCCCAUAAGAAAGGAACUCAGGAUUUAAAAGAUCAGAAGAAAAGUAGGGACUUGCAGAAAGCCAAACACCGUGACAAAUCCAACAAAUCCAGCACACAGAGUUUAAGUGAUACAGGCUACUCAUCUGAUGGCAUAUACAGCUCCCACAGUGAAAUUACUGGAAUUAUCAAAGAGGAAGGAGUGCAGCUCACUGAGAGAGGCAACCCUAACCAAAGCAGUAUACCUAGCCCCUCUGAAAUUACAAAGCUGGAGAGUUCCAUGCGGCCCCUACUGGAGUCACAAACGGCCUCUGGCCAAGAUCUGGGUAAAGAAACUUGUAGUUCGGCAGACACCAGUGAUCAGCAAAGACCUCAGACUCUGUCCAUAUCUAAAGGUGAGUUUGAUUCUGAUGGGUCUGAUGACCUAAGUUGCAAGUUACGUCAUGACUACGUGGAGGACAGCAGUGAAAGUGGCCUUUCUCCACCGCCAAACAAUCAAAAGAACUUAAAGGAUAAAACAGAUGAGGAGUCCAUGAGGAAACAGAUCUUGGAAAUGAGUGCAGAUGAGCAGAAAAGGGCAGAGGGGGAAGGACAUGCAAAAAGUAAAAAGAACCACAGGCACAUUGGUGAUCUGGGAAAACACCUUACACAGCAAUCAAACAGCUUUGAGGAAGACUCUAAAGGCACCAAUGGGGAUGACAUUAUGGGCUCACAAGGAGGCCUAAGACGAUUCAAGACCAUAGAACUGAAUAACACUAAUAGCUAUGGUCAAGACCUCAGAGAACCUGAACUUGAGAUGGAAAGCUUGACAGGAUCACCUGAAGACAGGUCAAAGGGGGAGUAUUCCUCAACGCUUCCUGCUACCACACCUAGCUACACAUCUGGUACUUCUCCCACCUCUGUGUCAUCACUAGAGGAAGACAGUGAUAGUAGUCCUAGCAGAAGACAAAGGCUGGAGGAAGCUAAGCAACAAAGGAAAGCAAGACAUCGAUCCCAUGGGCCACUCUUACCCACAAUUGAAGACUCUUCUGAAGAAGAGGAAUUGAGGGAAGAGGAAGAACUCUUAAGAGAGCAGGAGAAGAUGAAAGACUUGGAACAGCAGAUUCGAAGCACAGCCCGGAAAACAAAAAGGGACAAGGAAGAGCUGAGAGCACAGAGACUCAGAGAGAGGUCAAAGACUCCCCCCAGCAACUUAUCACCAAUUGAGGAUGCUUCACCAACAGAGGAGCUUCGACAAGCAGCAGAAAUGGAAGAACUUCAACGAUCAUCCUGCUCAGAGUACUCUCCCUCUAUGGACUCUGAAGCAGAAGGGUUUGAAAUGAGUUCAAAGCUACCAGCUUUCAAAUCUGCACAUUCACCUACAGGAAAAUCUGUGCCGUUCACCAAACCAAUAACUGUAAAUUCAUCCACAUCCCCAAUAUCUUCUCCAACAAGUAGCCAGCAACAGCCAAUUAAUCGGAUCCAGAGUGAACCAACAAACAAAUCUAUUUUUGACCAAAGUAGUAAUGUAGUUGAUCUUAGGAAACCUCCCCCAAUAAUUGUGACAGACUAUGGUAUGGAUCUGACAUCCUUAGCAUCUGAUACACGAAGAUAUUCACGUAAUACAGACCAAUUCCAAAAUCGUCACACAGCAGUGCAACCUCAAGUUAUGAACCUAAUUACACAUGCACAUUGUUAUGGGACAACAUCUACAUCAACAACAACUUCUAUGUCACAGCCAGUAGUUUAUAGAGAUUCAAUACAGAAUCGUGCUGACCUUAGUCAAGGGCUUGGAUCACCAGUUUAUCUUUCUCAGUUCAGACCAACAAAACCAGACCCAUCUAUUCCAAAGCUAGAAGCAUGUUUGGAAGAUUUAGGUAUUCAACAGCAGCAGCUUCAAAUGCAACAACAGAAGCUUCAACAGCAACAACAACUAGUUGAGCAACAGCUCCAACAACACCAACAAAAUACAGCUUCCUUUGCACGUUACAACUUAGCAAACCAAGUCCAACCACUACUGCUUAAGAAAGACUUGGUAGUAAGUCAGACCAGUGGUGGAAGCAUGCAAACAGUUGUUAGUGCCAUACCUAAGGUUUCACCACUUCCCCCCCAACCUUUAACAGGCUCUAUGUCACCCAACCCUACUCUUGGCCAUGACAUCCAUGGUGGGGUACCCCUGGAACUAAAGAAUAAGUCUACUCUAAUGAACAUCUCUAUGGGAAAGCCCCAUGUAAUGGUGACCCAGUUAGAUGAGGGUAGUUCCUCACAAGGGGCUACAGUUACCCAAAUAGUUAAAAGAGAGGAGCUACCUCCACCACCAACCCCAGAAGUCCUAGAUUACAUGGGUCAGAUUCGGUCAGAAAGCCAAGUGGCCUGCUGUGAUGUUGUCUACCAGUUGCCAUUUGCUGGUAGCUGUACAGGUCCUUUUAAUCAGAGAGGCAAGACAGCUACAUCAGAGCCGAAUCCUACCACGGCGCCCAUCCAAGCCCAACAGCAAGUUCAUCCAGCAAAUAUGCCAGGUGUAGCCGAGCCUUACAACAUGCCUCCUCCUGGCCAGCUUCCACCAUCAAUGCCAGUCACAAAUCUCUCAGAAUCAGGGCUUCAGUACUAUCAAAGGACACAUCCUGGUGAUUUAGCAGUGGAUUGGAGAUCCAUGAAACAAGCAUAUGAGGCAGCAUAUCUGGGAAUGGGUGUUCAAUAUGGAUCCUACACUGAUCUGCGCCAUCAGGGAGAAGUUUCAUCUCCACAUUUACCUCUCCGUAGGUAUGGCUCUUUGUCCAAUAUCAGUGAAGACUAUGGUUAUCCUUCUCGUGACAUGACUGCUUUUCAAGAAUCCAAUCUUGCACAGUACAGUGCCACCACUGCCAGAGAGAUUAGCAGAAUGUGUGCUGCUCUGAACUCCAUGGAUCAGUUUGGAAAUCGUUAUGCCAAUACCCCUGAACUUCUACAGUAUGGUGCUGAAAGAGGAGGCCCUACAGGAAGACCAGGCCACCAACAAGGCCUACCUCCUAUUAGAGCCAACCAGCUGUAUGGCCUGGAUGGAAGGCCCACUGCACAUGGUCAAGGCUUUACAAAUCUCCUCAAUGCUAGACAUGUUACCCUGCAGGCCUUAUAUCUUCCUGCCAUGAGGACUGCUGAUGGUAUGAUAUAUUCUACCAUCAACACCCCUAUAGCUUCCACCUUGCCAAUCACUACUCAGCCUGCCCCGGUAGUCAAUGCCAUACUGAGAGGUGUCUACAGACCUUAUCCCCCAGAUAAUGUGACAGCUGUUCCAAUGGCUAGCCUUACUAGAUUGCCUCAAAUUAAUCCAAGGGUGCCUCUCUCUGCACAGGGACCUUAUCGAUAUCACACUCCCAGCCAUUUUCCAAGAGUUCCCCCAGAUUCUAUCCAAGGGAGUGUGCCACUCGCAAGUACCUCUCAAGAAACUAUCCCCCUAGAACAGCCCACAGAACCUGGCAUAGUGGUAACAGCUGAGCCCAUUACAGCAUUGCAGGGAGUACCUAGACCUAAUGCUGAAACUAGUGCUAUACCAGCCCAGCAGACUCCUCAGAGUCAGGUACCAUUAGAUGGUACUACAGCCCUUCCUUCCACUCACACUCAAGUUCCACAGGCAAUGCAGCAAACACAGCUUCAAACCCAACCUCAAGGGUUGGCCAAAAGUCAAGAUUUGUCUUUUUCUCAGACACAGCCCCAGUUAUCAGCACCGCAGUUACAGACACUAGUUACUAGAAUAUUGUCAGAUACAGUACUCAGCAUCACAUCUACAGAUAAAGAAAAGGAGAAAGAGGACGACCGUUUACGAAAACAACAGGAGCAUCUUCUGCAAAUGGAGAGAGAGCGCAUUGAGUUGGAGAAGCUUCGUCAGAUGCGUAUGCAGGAAGAGCUAGAGAGAGGACGGCUAGAGCUCCAGAGGCACAGGGAGAAAGAACAACUGCUCAUGCAACGUGAAAUACAAGAACUGCAAAACAUCAAGCAGCAGGUUAUUGAGCAGCAGCAGGCCGAAAGGGAGACGCAGCUGGUAAUGCAGAGAGAGCAGCUGGCCCAGCAGAAAAUGCAGCUUGAGCAAAUUCAGUCCUUGCAACAGCAAAUUCAGCAGCAGCUCGAAGAUCAGAAGAGGCAGAAAACUGCAUCCAUAGAAGCAGCUGCAGCUGCGGCAGCAGCAGAGGCAGCUGCUGCAUCGGCAGCUGCUGCUAUGGCAGCUACAACAGCUCAAAGUGCUGUUCAAGGUGUUACAGUUGGUGGAACCCCUCAAGGCCUCCCCAUCAUUUGUGAUCAGAGUGGUACAGUUAUUCCAGAAGAUGGCCAGAACUUGCAGUUAUUGCCUUGUAUAGAUGGGCAGAUGGUGAAUGCAUUGGUGCCCUCAAUCCCCAUACCCAUUUCUGCCUCUGAAAUGUUCCUAAGAAACAGUGAUGAUCAUGGAAGUGACAAUGUUAUGAUGAAACAGAGCUCACUGCCCCAUUUGACUGUUACACUUGAAGAAGAGCCAGUAAAAAGAAUUGCAGACAGUAGUGUCCAAACUGAUGAUGAAGAUGAUCAGUUCAUGUCACGGCACAGAACGUCAAGAUGUAUUGCUGACAGCUGUGUCCAGACAGAUGAGGAGGACCAAGGAGAGUGGGAUGACUCAAGAUAUUCCAAACGCUCUGAAUUGACCACAGAAGCUAAGACCGAUGCAUCUAAAAUGACUUCCAGCAUUGCCAUCCAGACCACCAGUGACACCUCAUGUCAAACUGAACCAGAUAAAUUGAGCAUAAUCUCACCAGCUAUUCACAUAACAAUGCAUGAGACAUCAAAAGUUGAGCUUCUCCAUUAUGUCUCUGCUCCAGAGAGGACAGAGAAGGGAGAGAGUUUGGCCUGCCAGACUGAGCCAGAAGCCCAGUCUCAGGGUGUUGUUGCCCCUCAGCUUAGUGCUCCCACCACAGUCAGUCCCUACACCACCAGUUUACAACUGGUUGGUGCCACCCCAACCAAGAUUGAAAGGAGAAAGCCAGAUCCACUAGACAUGGGGCUGCAAGAACAGAAUGACAACCAUCCAUCACCAACAUCCCCACAAGUGCUGUACUCUCCUGUGUCUCCACUCUCCCCCCACCGCAUACUGGAGACUUCCUUUGCCUCCAGUGAGAAGCUGAACAAGGCUCAUGUCACACCCCGGAAAAAAUCCUUCAGUUUGGAUUCAUCCCAUAGCCACACUCAUGAGACACUUCCAAGGUCCAUAAAGACUGUUCAGCGUUCAAUGUCAGAUCCCAAGCCUCUCAGCCCAACUUUGGAGGACGCAUCCAACACCAGAUGCUCCCUGCACCAGAAUCAAACCGCCUUGAGCAGUUUGAUGACUUCCCUGGAGCAGCAGAACUCAAGGAAGGUGAAGCGGACUCUUCCCAGCACCCCAACACAGGAUAUACCCCUUCCUAUUGUCACCCCUGAAAUGCCCCAAAUGCACAACUUGUCGAGCAUGCCCCAGAGAGUAGUGACUCAUCCUGUACAAAGUGUUACCAAGGUAGGUCUUCUGAAUGAGCUGAAGGCUGUUGAACAGGAAUCAUCCAAACUACGUAAACAGCAGGCAGAACUGGAGGAAGAAGAAAAAGAGAUUGAUGCUAAGCUACGCUGUUUGGAACUGGGCAUUACCCAACGUAAGGAAACCAUGGUGAAAGAGCGAGAGAGGAGAGAGCUGGAAUACUUGCGCAACAUGGGAAAUACACAGGACUACAUAUUAGAUAGUGAACUAAACAAUAUUAGGUUGGCUGCGGUAGCGACCGGAACUUUUGAAGGUAAUGAAGUGUUAUCCCGACCGAGCACAGCGCCUCUCAGCCAGUUUAAUUCAGACUUAAAUGUAGCUUCUCAGUACCCUCUCAGCUCUUCGUAUGUGUCCUACCCAUAUCCACAGAGCCUAUCCACACCAUCACAAGCAACAACUGCAGCCUAUCAGCAGAUUGGAUUUCAGACGUCACAAUAUCCAACCCCAUCAGAGCCCCAACCAGGUACCUUCCAGCCCCAGCCUCCCCAGCUUCCAUCUUACCAGACUCAAGGGGUCUUCCAGACUCAUGGUUGUAACCAGUCCCCAUAUGAGACAGAACUAGGCUUGCAGCAGUCUACCCACCAGGGCUUCCAACCUGCAGGUCCUUUGCCCAGACAGACCUUACCUUAUCCAGGCCAGAGUUUGUCCUUACAGCCUCAGCCUGAUGUUCUUUCAGUUCAUCAGCGACAGACGUUGCUGACUGACCUUGAACAGAAGCUGCCAACCAAUUAUGAAAUAAUCAGCACUCCUCCGGUGUCAGUAGCCACCUCUGCUCAGGAGACUGACUUCAGUGGUGCCUAUUCCUCACCCUUGACUAAUGUUUAUAGGCCAUAUUGCACCCCUGACCAAACACUGACAGACUGCAUAUCAAGUCCUACCUCUGGGUUUGACACUGCAGGUCUCUAUGCCACAAAUCUAGAACAAAAUAUGCCCAGAAACUAUGUCAUGAUAGAUGAUAUCAGUGAACUUACAAAGGAGAACAUCGAAUCACCUGAUAUGUUGAGGACAAGUUAUGGAAGUGAGAAUGGCCCCCAGGGGACAGAAUAUUUGGAUGGGUCUGAGGAACCAUUUGGAAGAUCUACCAACACGACCAGUUACCAUCAGAAAGGUACAGUUGAUAUUCAUGGCCAUCUUAGCACAACUGGGAGUAGUGGAUCUUAUUACUACAAGGACUAUAAGUACUCAUCUCACAAUUUGGGAAUGAGUAGCCAUAAGCUCUCAUCCAAGAACUUGGCACCUGCUGUAUCCUCCAAGCGUAGUAAGCACAGGAAACAAAGCAUGGAGCAGAUUUCCAAAUUCUCCCCAAUUGAAGAGGCACGAGAUGUAGAGUCUGAUCUGACCUCCUACACAGUGACGACAUCGACAGAUGGAAGUUGCACUAUGGUGUCAAAAACAGGGGUGAAGAAAAACAGCUAUGACAACCAAAAGUACUCUGGCUCAAGAGAAUGUCUGAACGAGGAUGAUCAUCAUUACAAUUCUGGACGGUCAAGGUCUUCAGGCUAUGGCAGAGACUCAGUAGGCCACAGAAGUAAGUCAUAUGAGAGAGAUGCCCUGGAACAAUCCCAGAGAGGUACAUACAGCCGCAGUGGACGCCCCUCCAUGCAUACUCCGAACUCAGAAGAAGAGAGUCCACUCAGCCCAGUGGGAAGGCCAGUGGGUAUGGGACGUAUCUCAGACCCACAUGAUGUCCGAAACCAAUAUGGAUCCAGCCACUCCCUGCCAGAUGUGCAGAAUCAUCAUAUAAGGGAUGUGCCUAAGAGCCAUGUCUACAAACCAGAUGACCCAUACCUAGUAGAUGAUAUGCAGUGUGCUGUUUCGGAUAGUGAAGCCUAUCAUUUGGGUCAGGAGGAGACAGAUUGGUUUGAGAAACCACGUGAAGCCCGUUCAGACCAUUCCAGACAUCAUGGGAGUGGAGGCCACUCCUCUUCAGGUAAGAGAAGCCAUGUCAAGCACACCUACCAUGAUUAUGAUGAACCCCCCGAGGAAUAUCUGUGGUCACAAGGUGAAUAUGGCCACCAACGCCAGUCCUCCCACACUUCAUCUCGAGAACACCGGCAUCGUGGUAGCAGCUCAGGGCGUCACUCCUCAUCACGGCAUUCUUCUGAAGAUCCAAGAUCCUCCCGUUCUUCUCGAUCAUUUCCUAAGAACCCCUCUGCAUAUUCUGAAGGCCGCAACAGUUCUUCUUCCUCCUUGAAAAGAACAGCAGAUCUCAGAUAUACGCACUCAGGCUCCCGGGACUAUGGUGAUUGCUCCCAUGAUCCUGCAUCUGGACACCACCGCAGCUUCAGCGGUCAAUGGGUGGAAAGACAGUCGACCAGGCAGCAGGACUCUCCUGGGUCAAGACAGCAGCAAGGUCCUCGAGAUCAAACACAACCACCACAGCAAGGACCAAAAAAGUCAUCUACACCACCAAUAACUAACAGGCGGCCUAGUACUCAGCCGCCUGAAGCUCGGCAGCAGGGCCAGCACUUCAGCCAGCAGCCUCACGCCCAACAUCAGCAGCAACAGCAGGGUCCUGGAGAUCAAGUGCAACCACCACAGCAAGCACCACAGAAGUCAUCAACACCGCCUUUUACCAGCAGACAGCCUGGAUCUCAGCAGCCUGAGACUUGGCAGCAGGCCCAGCAGUCCAGUCAGCAGUUUUACUCCCAAUCCCAGCUGCAGCAGCAACAAUAUCAGCAAGGUCCUGGAAAUCAACAGCAACCAUCACAGCAAGGGCCACUAAAGUCCAGCACACCACCAAUAACUGGCAGACAGCCUGGAUCUCUGCAGCAUCGCUCCCAACAGCAUCACAGUUCUGAAGAUCAACAACAACCACCGCAUCAAGGCUUGCCGAAAUCCACCACACCACCAAUAACCAGCAGACAGCCUAGAUCUCAGCAGUCUCUCACCCAACAGCAUCAAGGUUCUGGAGAUCAACACCAUCCACCACAGCAAGAGCCGCUGAAAUCUGCCACACCACCAAUAACCAGCAGACAGCCUAGAUCUCAGCAGUCUCUCACCCAACAGCAUCAAGGUUCUGGAGAUCAACACCAUCCACCACAGCAAGAGCUGUCGAAAUCUGGCACACCACCAAUAACCAGCAGACAACCUAGAUCUCAGCAGUCUCUCAUCCAACAGCAUCAAGGUUCUGGAGAUCAACACCAUCCACCACAGCAAGAGCCGCUGAAAUCUGCCACACCACCAAUAACCAGCAGACAGCCUAGAUCUCAGCAGUCUCUCACCCAACAGCAUCAAGGUUCUGAAGAUCAACACCAUCCACCACAGCAAGAGCUGUCGAAAUCUGGCACACCACCAAUAACCAGCAGACAACCUAGAUCUCAGCAGUCUCUCACCCAACAGCAUCAGGGUUCUGGAGAUCAAUAUCCACCACCAAAAUCCACCACACCACCAAUAACCAGCAGACAGCCUGGAUCUCAGCAGUCUCUCACCCAGCAGCAUCAGGGUUCUGGAGAUCAACAUCAACUACCGCAGCAAUGCCCACCAAAAUCUUCCACACCACCAAUAACUAGCAAAGAGCCUGAAUCUUGGCAGCCUGAAGUUGGGAAGCAGGACCAGCAAUCCAGCCAGGAGCUCACACAACAGCCAGAAAUCACUGCCAACGAGACUCAGCCCACCUCCACAGAUGUGUCUACAGGCCAGCAGGAGCCUUCGGAUCCAACCGCAGCUCAGCCAGCUGCUAUGAGGGGAAGGGUGGCAAAUGUUGAAACCGGUCCUGCUGCUUCUGCACCAACUCGGGCAGUUGCUAUUGGAUCCAAAGCUGCAGACCAGCCUAAAUACCCAUCCACAGGCAUUGGGUCAAAGGCGGCUCCAACUCCAGGAGGCACAGGCAGCACUGGUCAGAUGGCACAGCAACCCCUCGACAGUGAAAGUGUAUUCAGCAAAAUCCAGGGCAGUGCCACAGAGCAAGCAGGAAAGCUGGGUGACGCUGUAUCUGGUCUUGGGAAGAAGUUCAUGUCAUUUUGGUGAGCUGCUAACUGAAGGGGUUUACCGUGGUGAGGCUUACUACUGGGCAAAAAAGCUUAUGAAACUGUUUCUGCCAUUUCACACAUUAAUCGAAGAGGGGGGACACCCGAGGACUAUGUCACCAGACCAAUCAAGAGUAGAAUCUACAAGAUGCUUCAUCAGCAGACAAAACAGUACGAUUGAAGAGAGCCUGGAUGAGGCAGGCAGUACACUUCAGACUCUUGGCAUGAAUUUUUAUUUAAUGGAAAAUGGAAAAGAGAAGAAGCAUAUGGACCAGCAAUGGUGUGAGGGGCCUGCUAUGCCUCCUCUCUAAGGCUGUGAGUUAUCUGGUCUAGAAGAACCAGUGAAGGAAAAGGAGAGGAAGCAGUCACUGGGCGUGGCCUCUCUGGGCGUGGCCUCUCUGGGCGUGGCCUCUCUAACCAUAACAGUGAUUGUGAUGGUGGAUCAAAACACAGAUCCUCUGCCCUUAGGGUCUGAAGGUUGUGCCUGCGCUUGCUGAUGGAGGUGUCAUUAUCAAAAUGCCUUGCUGCCAUAUCUGACUAUCAGCUUCAAAUUUCCCACAACAAUCAUUGCACUCUGUAAAGCGAUGGAUGGAGAGGUUGAACUCCGAGCAUCUGGCCAGAAAGAUGUCUUCCACACAAAGCAGAGGUUCGGGAACAAAAGGAGGAAAAGGCUUAAAUCCAUUCAUAAAGUCUCUACACCACCAAUGCUAUCAGGGGUUUUCCCAGCUUGUGAAUUCUCUUUCAUUUUGAUCAUUUACACCUGGUUCUGUGUACUUGUCAGGUGUGCUCCCCACCUUGUGCACACCCACAAUCACAACAGUGAAAACAGAAACAGUUCUGCAAGCUUUUUCCAGUCCUAAAAUUGAACCUGAGACUUUUUUCUCCCAACAGUGUCAUAGUUGAGGAGCUGAUAGCUCAUCCACAGUGGCACCAGACGAACGACACUCCUGUUUCUCCCGUAUCAAACGCGAUAUCCGCAGUCUCGACAUUCCAAUAUGGCGAUGAUUGACCCUCUCUUUCAAUGUUGUCUUUUUUCUUCCCUUGACCUAUCCUUUCUUUCUCUUUUCUUUCUUCCCUUGGUCUGUUUGUUAUGUUUGGUCCGAAUGCAAUGGUGUGGAAAUGGGACCACAAGCACAGAAGUCGACGUCAUGUGUAAAACCCAUAAACUGCCUUUUUCAUGUUCCUCGAGGGGGAGGUCAUCACAGCCUCAGAUGGAGGUUGCUGGAGAUGGAAGGACCAUCAGUCAAGUCCAAAGCUCAGUGAUAUUUAGAACACUGGAAUGCUCAUCUCCUUUUAGCCAUGAUCAAGCCAUCACUAGUCAAUCAGAGAAUCCCAGAUGUAAUAGAAUAUUGAUUUCUUUUUUUUAAAAUAUCAUUAUUUUCAUCUUGAUAGUUUCUUAAAAUUGUUGGCCUGAUUAAAUUUGACAUUAAAAGCCUUAGUCAUAUUUUUACUCAUAUACCUCAUGUGUUUUUUAAGAUCAUCCUUACUUAAUUUAUUUUGCACAGUUGCAUUCUACUGUACAGAGUAUUUAUGACUGAAAUUGUAAAUGACUUCUGAAUUUAUGUUCUUCAGAUUUUUUUGUGCUUAUUGCUUGUUAUUUUGAUUAUUUAUAUUUUUCCUUUUACUGUCAUUAUUGGUAAUGUGUUGGGGGCUUGAUUUCUUAAAGCAAUAGCAUGCAGAUAAGUACAGAGCACAAUUGUCAUUUAAAGUGAUUCAAAAUAAGUCCCUUGAUCAUUAAAUCAUACGUUAGCGGGUACACAAGUUUUACAGUCAUACAGUGACUAUCUCUCGCGCACGCACACACGUACACACACAGAAACAUCUUCAUACAUACAUGCAUGCACAAAGACAAACAGACACCUACAUAUGAGGGGUUUUGAUCAAGAGUACAUUUUAAAUUUUCUAUGCAAUGAUUCAUACAAAAUUGUCAUUGCCACAAAUUCACAGCACCAAAACACAGACAGCUUUGUUUCACUGCGCACUCUAAAAAUGGAUAUGGACUUGUUUGUAUUUAUUAUCUUGUAUGCAUUGAAGUUAUUAUUGAAUUUUUGAAUCUUUUUUUAAAUUUAUUUAGUGGCAUGUUGAUUACUGCCCCUUAUAUCCCCUUGUUUUGGGGAAUAUGUUGCCAAAGGGUUACUUGUGUAGGGUGUCUGGCUUGAACAUCCUUCAUCCUGUUGCUUAAAGCAUGGUUCUGCUCAGCCUCUUUCUGCCUGCACGGUGUACAGUAAUCUCUUUCUAUGUCUGCAUUUCUGUGAUCAGGCAACCCAACACUGGUCGCUCUGGCUAUACACUCGUUAUGUCAUCUCUGACAGACACACUGCACUCACACACAUACACACAAGCGUCUUGAGUAUCAGAGUGUAUGCGCAGUAGUAUCUGGCCUGAUCAGGAUCUUAACCGGAAGUCACACUGUUUUAUUACAGGUCUUCCUUAUUCUUUCUUUAUCCAGUCAAUGUAACAUUUCCAGCAGUUUGUGUCUGCAAUAUACAAAUUACGUGCAGGUUUGAAAAUCCAUAAUUGCUCUACACUAGCUGAAUUUUAAAAGGCUCCCUACUUGACAAAGAGAAUAUUGAAAAAGUCAGUAGCUUGUGCCCUAUGCACUACAUAGGUAUUAGGAAGCCAUUUGAGAUUCAGUCAUGCCAGUCAGCUGAAGAUUCUGAAUGAAAGCACAAGGUUCUUCAAGUCCAUCAUGAAGGCUCGUCUUCUGAGAUGAGCAGCUGGUGCGAACGGAAUGAACAGGUCAUGAGGUAGAAGUGAUAUGCUGAGUAGAAUCUUUGGUGGUAUCAGAUCAGUAUGAUCAAUAAGGAGGAAUGACGGGGAUGCUUGUACAUUACUGUUAUUAUGGAGAUGCUCAAUAAGCAGCACAUGAGCCAAAGUGGUUUUCACAGAUGACACAGAAAUGGACAGACGCACAUGACACAACACACUUAAACAUGUAUGCACAAAUCCCCCCCCACACACACACAAGCAGAUGCAUAUACACAAGGAUUCUUCAAUGUAAAUACAGACUUUAACUAUUUUGUACAGUAUUUAAAUAUCAUGAGUGAAUAAUAACGGCCGUCGUCUGCAUCUUCACGCCGGCCUUGCUGCCAACUUUUUGUGCUUUUGUGUAUAAAAAGGAUGACUGAUCAUUAUUGUUAUUUAUUAUGAUUAUUAUUGUUAUUAUCACAAAAAUAAGCAUAGUAUCUCUGACUGGCUCUCGAUGACUGUUGACUACAGUGAAAAAUAUAUUCUGAAACUUAUCUACUCUGUGCAGGAUUUCCAUACAUAUUGUGUACAACAAAAAAGAAAGAAAAAGAACAAUGUCAAAGUGAUAAAAGUUGUAUAGGCUUCCGUUGUUACUAAGAAUUGGAAGAAAUGCGCAUGCAUAUCUUACCAAACUCCAAUUGGAAAAAGGUAAUAAAUAUUCAGUAAAAAAAAACCAAAAAAAACACAACAAUGAAAAUAAAAAGUUUCACUCACUGUUGUAAGUGCAGUGGGCAGAGUUCGAGUCCAGUAUCCAUCGUAAAACCUUGUGUUUUUUUCAAUGUAUUCCUGUUGAAAGUACGUAUGGUGCAUUAUGUCAUGUAAUGUGAUUAUGAAAAUAAUGGACCUGCAAUUUGUUUCCAAGCUGGAAAAGAAUAAAGAGAAAAUAUGUAAAACAAA